AUGACACAAGAGGAACAAAUAGUGGUUGACAACGAACCAACUCCAGAAGAAUUGGAGAAAUUGACAAUCUCUAAAAUUGAAGCUGCUUUCCAAUUAGUUUCCAAGACUGUUAAAACAUUUGAUCAACGUUAUGUUUUCAAGACUCUUAGAGAUUUGGUUUCAGUUAGAAAGCAAUUAAAUGCUGAUGUCUUGUCAUACUUGAUAAAUACUUAUCUAAACAAUCCAUAUAGAGAAUACUUGUUGGAAUUUAUUGGUGGUAAAAUUACAAAUAGUGAGGAAAAAGGUGAAAUAUUACCAGAGAUUAAUUUUUUAAUCCAUUUAUUGGUGCAAUUUUACCUUUUAGAUUCAAAUCAAUUGGCUAAAUUAGAUGAGUUGAAUACUCAAUAUAUCUUAAAGUUGAUUAAAAAUUACAAUAGACGUUCACUAGAUUUAAUCAAUGCUAAGAUUUGGUUUUACAUUGCAAGAACAAAAGAAUUGAUUAAUGAUUUAAUUUCAAUUAGACCUGAAUUAUUAUUAGCAUUAAGAACUUCAACAAUUAAACAUGAUGAUGAAACUUCAGGUUCUUUAAUAACAUUGAUUUUAAGAAAUUAUAUAUUAGUUCAUGAUUAUUCUCAAGCUUCAAAUUUUAUUGAAAAGAUUGAAUUACCAAAAAAUGUUUCAAAUUCAAUCGAAACAAGAUAUUAUUUCUAUUUGGCAAAAAUCAAUUCAAUUCAAUUAAAUUAUUCAGAUUCUCAUGAAUUUGUUAUUACAGCAAUUAGAAAAGCUCCACAAACUCAAAAUGCUAUUGGUUUUUUACAAGCUGCUUAUAAAUUAAAUGUUUUAAUUGAAUUAUUAACUGGUGAUAUUCCAGAAUUGUCAUUUUUCCAAAAACCUGGAUUUGAAAAAGUUUUAAAACCUUAUCAAGAAUUAACAAAAGCUGUUAAAUUGGGUGAUUUGAAAAUUUUCAAUGAAACUUUAAUCAACUAUCGUGAUUCAUUAAUUAAAGAUGAUAACUAUAGCUUAGUUACAAGAUUAAGAUCAAAUGUUAUCAAGACAGGUAUUAGAAUAAUUUCAUUAUCUUAUACAAGAAUUUCAUUAAAAGAUAUAUGUAUAAAAUUACAUUUAGAUAAUGAAUCAUCAGCAGAAUAUAUUGUUUCCAAGGCAAUUAGAGAUGGUGUUAUUGAUGCACAAAUUAAUCAUGAAAAAGGUUAUGUUGAAAGUAAUGAAAUUAAGAAUGUUUAUUCAACAAAUCAACCACAAGAUCAAUUUAAUCAACGUAUUAAUUUUGUUAAUUCAUUACAUAAUGAUAGUGUGAAGGCAAUGAGAUAUCCACCAAGUGUUAAUAGAACAGAAAAUUCAGGUAGAAGUAAAGAAAUUGAAGAUGAUGAAGCUGAAUUGAUCAAUGCAUUACAAGAAGAUUUUGAUGAAGAUUUCUUUUAG